ACAUCCUUUAACUCAGGCUUGACUGCGGUCUGAAAGGAUUAACAUGGAGCCCUCUAACAACCAGCCGAGUUCGGGAAUGUUUUCAGGGUCCUUUUAUGCGUUAUUAGCGGGCUUUUUGGCAGCUACUGCCUCUCUGUCAGCUAAGCUGUCGCUCGGUGCGAGCUACCUGAGAGAGAUGUGUGAGACGCGGCUGAGCGACUGGAAUCAAACACCUGGUGGAAGUGCAGCCUGUGACUGGCUCCACAUCCCCCUGCGGCUGCUGUGCGGCGGCCUGCUAUUCACCUGUAAUGCAGUCAUGUGGACCACCUUCUCCAAGGCACUCCGCCAUUCCACCUCUACAGCCAGGGCCACUGUCACGACCACUGCAUCCAACUUCAUUUCCUCUGGACUGCUAGGGAGGCUCUUCUUUGGAGAGACCCAUGCAACUCUGUGGUGGGCAGGCAUCUCUCUCACUCUGUGUGGACUGCUGAUGCUUCAUGGUUCAGCACCUCAGACACACCCACAGGAAGCAGACAAGAAGGACAAGUAAUGCAUGUUGGAGUUGUUCCAAGUGUGCAGCCUCAAGCAGCCUUAAAACUGUUGACUGCAAAGAGCAGUUCUGGCAGGUUCUCCGCCUGCAGAAUUGACUGAUGUAUACUUUUUAAGAGUUCUUCCUAUAUGACGAACAACAACUGCCUUUUUAUGGACUUUCAACUGAAUUCUGAUGCUUUAAGAAAAUGAGGGGUUCCCUGGGACUUGCACAAAAUCAAAAAAACCCUCAUAUUAUUUUUUUUGUACCUGUGUGGAAGUUGAUUUUUUUAAAUGUGUGAUGUAUGUAUUACAAACCACACUGUGACUUGCUCUGCAUUGGAAUACGGAGUGGAAAUGAAU